AUGGCACAGACAUUGUCAGCUAGCAGAAUCGUCGCCUUGACCACGGCCACCAGUUCCAGUUCCAGCACCGCGGCGGCAUCAACACAGGUUGUACUGGUGGGCUAUAACUCGCAUGAGUUCCAUCCGAACAACCUGACCGCCAAAGCUGGAGAUCUAAUCGUCUUUCAAUUCGUUGCCCAGGGCCAUACUGUGGUGCAGGCAAACUUCGAACAACCAUGUAUACCGCGAGACACUUACCACCGAGAUCGCUCUACCUUCUUCAGUGGUUGGUACAAUGGCAGCGAUGUGCUUAGCGAUAAUCCACCAACAUGGAACCUGACGGUCAACGACACAAAACCCAUCUUCUUUUACUGUUCCCGUCUAGACUCCUGCCUCAAAAACAACAUGAUCGGCAGCAUAAACCAAAACGGCACCCAAAGCCUCCAAGACCAACUCGACUCCAUCCAAAAAGCAACAGUGAUGCUCCAACCAGGCGACCCUCCACCAGAAGAAUCCGUCUCCUCACCUACCACAUCAUCAACACCGUCUUCCACAUCAUCAACAGUGCAAACCUCAGCUGCAGCAGUCCACCACGGUGUCACUCUUUCCGGCGGCGCUAUCGCUGGUAUAGUGGUAGCAGGUGUAGUGGUGCUAGCACUGGCAUGCGCACUUUUCUGGUUCGUAGGACGCCAUCGCACGCUGAAACACAGUCUCAACUCACAAUCCUCGCACUCGCAACACUCAGGUGCGGUAGAGAGUUGGGUAAACAGCACACAACCUCCCAGCACAGUAGGGGGUCCUUCAUCCCAACGCCCACCAUCUUACGGCGGAGAUCCUGGGUUCGUGCCUGUAGAUCAGCCCAAACAUUGGGAAUACGGGCAGCAAAGACAUAGCUAUAUGCCUAUGACGCCGCCGAUCCAAGAAUUAGGCGCCAGUGAACCAGUGGAGAUGGAAGAAACAGGAAGGGGAAGAACGAUGAGUAGGAAUAGGGAAAGCGAAUCUCCUCUGAUCCCAAAGUGGUAG